UUAUUAGUUUAACUAGAACGCGGGUUUGAAACUAAAAUACAAUGAGAUUUCCCAUUUUCAUUUUGUGUCUGUCACUGGUAACACACUAUGCUGUAUCAGAGAUGACUGAGAAGCAGAUAAAGGCGACGAAAAAGUUGAUUCGAAACACUUGCCAGAACAAAUCCAAAGCACCAACUGAGGAGCUUGACGCUAUGCUGAAAGGGAAUUUUGAUCAAAGCAAAGCCGCACAGUGCUACCAAUACUGCAUAAUGAACACAUACAAACUGCUCAGAACCGACAACUCCUUCGACUGGGAAGCGGGAAUAAAAGCCCUAAAAGCCAACGCUCCAGAAAGAAUAGCAGGGCCGGGAAGCAUCAGCAUUGAAAACUGCAAAGAUGCUAUGAAAACAACAAACGACAAAUGUAAAGGUUCCAUGGAAAUCGCAGAAUGCAUAUACAAGGAUAAUCCCGAGAACUACUUCUUACCAUGAGGAACAAAGCUCAAUGAACAAAUGGUAACGUUCUUUGUAGGGUAUCGUGUCUCUUGAUUUUGAUUAUCUAAUAAAUUUGUAUAUUCUCA